AGAGAAUGAUGAUGGUUAUGUUGUUCAAGUCAGAGCUGUCAUUCUGCAGAUAAAGCUAACAAAAUAUUUAAGUAUUGAUUUUCCAAAUUGUUAUCCACUCUGCAUUGCACCAAAUAUUCUCUAAUUCAGAUAUGGUUGUAUUCAAAGUAGCUAAGUGUCCAACAGACGAGUUGUCUUUAUCAAACUGUGCUGUAGUAAACGAUGCUGAUUUUACUGGUGCAAAGCAUAUCAAAGUUAAUACAGGAGGAGGCCAAAAUUUUGUAUUCUCCAUUAAAGGACAUGCUAGUAUUCCAAGAUAUCAUGUCGGCUUUAGUUUACCACAAAGGAAGUGGGCGGUUUUAUCUUUAAAUCAAGAAAUUAAUGUUGAACCCUACACUCCUGAUGAAUAUAUUUCUUCAAUUGUUUUGGAAGCAGAUUUUAUGCAGAAAAAAACGACAUCAAUGGAGCAAUAUGAUACAGAUGAAAUGGCAAAAGAAUUUUUAUAUUCUUUUCCAAAUCAAAUGUUUACAAUUGGUCAACAACUGGUAUUUGCAUUCAAAGAUAAAAAGCUGUUACUUUUAAUGAUCAAAGACAUUGAAGUGGUUGAUAUUUCGAAAAUAAAAGCUGGAGGAGAUGUUAAACCCAGAAAAUCUAAAAUGGGCCAGUUAAUACCAAAUACAGUAAUUCAGUUUGAAAAAGCAGAAAAUUCGUCUUUGAAUCUCACAGGGAAAUCUAGAGGAAAAGUUGUUCGUGAGUCUAUUAUUAAUCCUGACUGGGAUUUUCAAAAAAUGGGUAUUGGUGGUUUAAGUAAUGAAUUUAACGCCAUCUUCAGACGUGCUUUUGCUUCAAGAGUGUUUCCUCCUGAGUUAGUUGAACAACUUGGGUGUAAACACGUAAAAGGUAUUUUGCUGUAUGGCCCUCCAGGAACAGGUAAAACGCUCAUGGCAAGACAGAUUGGUAAAAUGCUGAAUGCUCGAGAACCAAAAAUUGUAAAUGGACCUCAGAUAUUAGAUAAGUAUGUAGGAGAAUCUGAGGCCAACGUAAGAAGAUUGUUUGCUGAGGCUGAAGAGGAAGAAAAAAGGGCUGGUCCAAAUAGUGGUCUUCACAUCAUUAUAUUUGAUGAAAUUGAUGCUAUCUGUAAACAAAGAGGAUCUGUAGCUGGAAAUACCGGUGUUCACGAUACUGUUGUCAAUCAAUUAUUGUCAAAAAUUGAUGGUGUGGAGCAGUUGAAUAAUAUUCUAGUAAUUGGUAUGACAAACAGACGAGAUAUGAUAGAUGAAGCUUUACUUAGACCUGGGAGAUUGGAAGUACAAGUUGAAAUUAGUUUACCAAAUGAAGAGGGCAGAGUACAGAUUCUCGAAAUUCAUACAUCUAGAAUGAAACAAUAUAAGAAAAUUAGUUCUGAUGUAGAUCUACAGGAACUAGCAGGAUUAACAAAAAAUUUUUCUGGUGCUGAACUAGAAGGAUUAGUGCGAGCUGCUCAAUCAACUGCAAUGAAUCGAUUGAUUAAAGCUUCCAAUAGAGUGGAAGUUGAUCCUGAAGCUAUGGAAAAACUGAUGGUUAGCAGAGGAGACUUUUUUCAUGCUCUAGAAAAUGAUAUAAAACCAGCUUUUGGUACAGCACAAGAAAUAAUAAAUCAAUUUUUAAUACGUGGAAUUAUCAAUUGGGGACCUCCUGUUACUGGUAUAAUGGAAGAUGGUAUGCUAUUCAUCCAACAAGCAAGGGCUACAGACACAUCAGGUCUUGUUUCCGUGCUCAUUGAGGGUCCACCAAAUGCGGGAAAAACAGCACUGGCAGCUCAGUUAGCAAAGAAUUCUGAUUUUCCUUUCAUUAAAGUUUGUUCACCAGAAGAAAUGGUUGGAUUCACAGAGACUGCGAAAUGUCUUAUGAUCCGUAAGAUAUUUGACGAUGCAUACAGAUCAACAUUAAGUUGUAUUUUAGUUGAUAAUAUUGAAAGACUGUUAGAUUAUGGUCCUAUUGGUCCUAGAUAUUCCAAUUUGACAUUACAAGCUUUGUUGGUUCUGCUAAAGAAACAACCACCACCAGGAAAGAAAUUGUUAAUAUUAUGCACAACAAGCAGAAGGCAAGUAUUAGAAGAAAUGGAAAUGCUUUCUGCGUUUACCUCUGUACUACAUGUGCCUAAUUUGUCAAAAGCCGAGCAUUUACUAAACGUUUUAGAAGCCUCUGAUGUAUUUUCUGGUCAAGAAUUGAAACAAAUAACUCAUCAGAUUCAUGGAAAAAGAAUAUUCAUUGGUAUAAAGAAAUUAUUGGCUCUGAUAGACAUGGCCAGACAAACUGAUGAUCGAAUCCGUGUUAUUAAAUUCAUAAGCAAACUGGAAGAAGAUGGAGCUUUGGAAGAUCCUGGAAUGGCUUAAUAAAAAGUAAAGAACAUUUCAAUCAAUACACACUAUGUAAAAACUACAUUUUGCAAUAUCAUAAUUAAUAAUUUCCAUUUCAAUAGUUGCCCAAUAAGCGAUGGUGGUGGAUUAAUCCGUGGAUAAGAAAACAUUUCAUCAAAAACGAUCUGCUUUAAAUUAAUGAGAAAAAUACUUAACAACUACUCAACAGUACCAGUGCAAUCAUUUUUAGAUUAACAGUAUUAAGGAAAGCGUUAAUUAAUUGCACACUUAGAUGUGUCAAGACAAAUGUAGUAAACUAUUUUUAAACAAUAUUUUAAAUUAUGGUAUUUAUAUCUAAAAAUGUUUAUCAGACAGUUUGUGAGGGGGUGUAAUACAUGAUUAAUAAUUUUGUUUAGAUUGUUUAGUUCCCAUACGCCAAUAUAUGAAAUUUCUAAUUAUCUACUGAUAAAAACGCGCGUUAAAGAUUGCGAUUGUGAAUCUUCGUGAAGUGUAGUUAUUCAUAUGGUCAAAUUAUAAGCAUUUUAGUUGACGAUAUAAGUCUUGCUAUGUGUGUAAAUACCAUAAUUUGAAUAAUAAUUAUUUUACAGUUAAAUUUAUCGGAUCACUAUAAAAGUUGAAUGUAUACAUACGUAAUAAGCACAUUCAGAGAGUACAAGACGCUCCAAAAUAAUUAUGGGAUAGAUUUUAAUAUUGUUAUAAAGUUGUAUAGUAGAAUGUGUCACAGCAUUAAGUAUGUUAAUUUUUAUAUUUAACAACACUUUUCCCUAAACCUGAAUAAAAAAUGAAUAUUUUAGAAACAAAUUUCUUUAUUUAAAAUGAAUUAGUUUUGAAAAUUAAGGGAGAAAAUGUUAUAUAUUUCAUUCGUAUUAAUUUGGACAACAAUUCUGAUCUUUUUAGGGGUGUCUUGUCAGUGAUUAGAAUGAAUGUUAUAUUUAAGAUAUAAAUGUCUUUCUUAGCUUUAAGAAAAGUUAUUGGUUAUGCUAACACUAGUCGUUUCUAUAAAAAUAAAACAAACGAAAUUUUAUCUAUAUAUUUCAACAAUAUUUUGUUCUGUAUAAAUUUUUUAUAAUUAAUAAACUGGAUUUAUUUAUAUAUUUUGAUUUUUUUUUGCAAUACGUUGUCAGCCAGAACAAAUCUAAAGAUUUAUUAAAAUAGGUAGCACAAAAUUGUUCGUAAUUCUAAAUUUAUUGUUAGUGGCAUAUACUUUUUCUGUAUUGUGUCACAAUUGUUCUUGUAAAGCUUAUAAUACUUUAAUAAGUAGUCAAUUUCAUAGUAAUUUAACUUAAACACUUUUCCUUCAAUAUGCCCAUAUACAACCUACUUCUUGUAUAUAAUUUGUAUAUUCUUUGUAUUUACAUGUGUACAGUGUUAAAGCUUUAAAAACAUAUUAAUUGUUGAUGAAAGUAUUGUAUUUAGAAAAAGGUUAGUAAAAUAUUGGAAUCAG